AUGGCGUCUUUACCGGGAUUGUGCAAGGCUGUCUGCCCCGCUGUGGAGGAGGACAACGGAGACCUGGACCACUCUCUGGGGCAGAUGCUGAAGGCCAUUGCAGACGAACGAAACCGACUCAACAUCAGACAGGAGCUCAGUGGACUCGGUUGCUUUAAGGAUGACCGCAUUGUUUUUUGGACAUGGAUGUUUUCUACAUACUUUAUGGAGAAAUGGGCUCCUCGACAAGAUGACAUGCUCUUCUAUGUUCGGCGGAAGUUGUCUUAUGUAAACACUGACAACACAGACGGAAAAAAGGUGGAGGUUGAAGUGUUCAGGAGAGACUCUAAGAAACUGCCAGGCCUGGGAGAACCUGACAUAGACUGGGAGGAGAGCGUCUACCUUAAUCUUAUUCUACAAAAAUUGGAUUACGUCGUGACAUGCGCAGUCUGCACACGCUCAGACGCAGGCGAUAUCCACAUCCAUAAAAAGAAAUGUCAGGAGGUGUUUGCUUCACCCAGUAAACAUGCCAUGGACAGCAAAGGAGAAGAGUCAAAGAUGAGUUACCCAAACAUCUUCUUCAUGAUUGACAACUUUGAAGAGGUGUUCAAUGAUAUGACAGUGGGAGAGGGAGAGAUGGUGUGCGUAGAGCUGGUAGCCAGUGAUAAAAGCAACACUUUCCAGGGAGUCAUCUUCCAGGGAUCCAUUCGAUACGAAGCAUUGAGAAAAGUCUACGAUAACCGGGUCAGUGUUGCUGCUAAAAUGGCCCAACGGAUGUCAUUUGGUUUUUAUAAAUACAACAACAUGGAAUUUGUGAGAAUGAAAGGUCCUCAAGGCAAAGGCCAUGCAGAAAUGGCUGUUAGCAGAGUCCCCACUGGCGACACGUCGCCUUGUGGCACAGAGGAAGACCCGAUGUCGCCAAUGCAUGAGAAGGUAACAUCGUUCAGCACACCUCCAACCCCAGAAAGAAACCGACCCUCCUUCUUCUCACCAUCACUACGCCGCAAAGUACCUCGAAACCGAAUUGCUGAAAUGAAGAAGUCUCACUCUGCCAAUGACAGCGAAGAGUUUUUCAGGGAGGAGGAGGAUGAAGAUAUCCACACAGCCACCAACCUGCGCUCGCGAUCUUUAUCGGGAACCGGGCGCUCCCUCGUGGGCUCUUGGCUCAAACUCAAUCGAACGGACGACUACUUCCUGCUCUACUCCCACCUGACCUACAUCACUCUACCGCUGCACCGCAUCACUGCAGAUAUCCUGGAGGUGCGGCAGAAGCCCAUUCUGAUGACAUAG